AUGAAGUGGCUCUCAAUCAUGGCGGCGGCUGUGCUCCUUGGAGUAGCCCACGUUGAUGCGAAAGCUGUUGUGGCUCACUUCAUGAUGAGUAAUUGUUAUUCUUACACGACGACGGAGUGGCAGCUGGAUAUACAGGCGGCGCAGGAGGCGAGGAUUGAUGGGUUUGCAUUGAAUGUUGCGAGCAAUCCGGAUAGUACGACGGAUCAACAACUUGCGAAUGCGUUCUCGGUCGCUAGUAGCAUGGGCUUCAAGCUUUUCUUCAGCUUCGACUAUGCUGGAAACGGCGCCUGGGCUCAGGAUAGAGUGAUAAGCUACAUGAACAAAUACAAAUCGAGCUCGGCAUACAUGCAGUACAACGGCAAACCCAUAGCAACCACAUUCGAAGGUACCCACCAAGCGAACGACUGGAACAACAUCAAAACCCAAACAGGAUGCUUCUUCAUGCCCGACUGGGCAUCGAUAGGUGCUUCGACCGCUGCGUCUGCUGGUGGUGGUGUCGCAGACGGUCUGUUCUCCUGGGAGGCAUGGCCUAACGGACCUACCAACAUGAACACCAACGGUGAUAACGGAUACAUCAGUGCCCUGAAGGGCAAGCCAUACAUGAUGGCUGUCUCGCCCUGGUUCUUCACAAACGUCCCGAACUAUGGGAAGAACUGGCUCUGGCGUGGUGAUGACUUGUGGUUCGACCGUUGGAGUCAGGUCCUGUCCCUUCAGCCUGAGUUUGUUCAGAUCAUAUCCUGGAACGACUGGCCCGAAUCGCACUACAUCGGCCCCCUACGCCCCAAAGAAAUGGGCGCCUUCACCUACGGCAAAGCCCCCUACAACUACGCAGAUAACAUGCCCCACGACGGCUGGCGAGCUCUCCUCCCCUACUGGAUCGAUACAUACAAAUCCGGCUCCACUUCGCUCAAGAACGAGACCGUCUCAUUCUGGUACCGCCUAUCACCAAAGAGCGCCUGCGGCACCGGUGGGACCUCUGGAAACGACGCUGGCCACAACCAGCAGACGUACGCUCCCGGCGACAUCGUCCAAGAUAGUGUCUUCUUCGAUGCAUACCUGUCCUCCGUCGCAGAUGCGGUGGUGACGAUUGGUGGACUGGCUACGACAGCUACGUGGAGCACGAAGCCGAGUGGUGGGAGUGGGGUGUAUCAUGGGAGUGUGCCAUUUAGUGGAAGGACGGGUGCGGUGUCGAUUAAGAUUGUCAGGAGUGGGACUACUGUUGUGCAGCAGACUGGGAGGGAUAUUUCCACGUCUUGUCAGAAUGGGGUUACGAAUUGGAAUGCUUGGGUUGGAAGUGCUGUGGGGAGCAUUGUGGCGGUGAAUACGACUUCGAGCACUUCGGCGACGUCGUCGAGUUCAGCGGCCUCCUCGAGCGUGGCGACUUCGAGCACGGUUUCGUCGACAACAUCCAGCUCGGUCGCGACCUCGUCGGCGGCAACUUCUUCAACAGGCACACGAUCUUCGACGACUACUACUACUUCACCAUCCGCCAGUACGACCAGCUCAGUGGUUCCAUCUACCAUAACUCAGCAGAUGGUAUUCACAGUCACACAGAAUGUCGUCUGUGUUUGUGCCCCGGACUGCAAGUGUUCUCCUGCUGGUGCGGCGGCUUCAAGUACUGCAGCAGCGGUCAGCUCCUCGACCUCGAUCGCUGGGACGACGUCGAGUACAGCGAGAAGCUCGACUACGAGCGCGAGUUCUGCUAGGAGGUAG